CAAACACAUCCACUUCUCAUUUUUUUUGUCGGAAAACACUGCUCGGCUGUUUGAAAGCUCGGGAUCGUCAAUAGGUGAGAUAUUCAGAAGAAUCGAGGCUACCACCAGUCAUGGGUGAUGAAGUUAGCAUAGACAAGUCGCUCUUUCACUCUCGUCUGGGCGGCUUGGUCGCGGCUUGGAAGGAUUCGAAGAAGGCGGAUUUGUUCGGUGGUGUUGGCUCUAUUGUCAUAAUAUUGGGGAAGACUGUGGAGGGCCCCUAUUCGAAGAGUCUUGCUCUGCAUUUCUGGUUGCUAGGGUACGAGUUUCCAACAACGCUCUUUGUCGUUACCCAAGAGAAAUUUUAUGUUGUGACUACGCCCAAGAAAUCAAAACAUCUGGAAACUCUGAAGGGUGGUAAAUUCCCGAUUGAAAUCCUGGUACGAGGAAAGGAUGAGGCACAGAACACUCAAAACUUCAAAGACCUAGCUGAGGUCAUCAAGAAAUCGGGGAAAAAAGUUGGCGUCUGCAUGAAGGACAAGGCUGAAGGUCCCUUCGUCAAUGAUUGGAAGAAAAUAUUCCCCGCGGAAAUUGAGGGCAUAGAGGAAUUCGAUGUCAGUCCCGCUAUUUCACAAUGUUUGGCUAUCAAGGAUGAUCUGGAGUUGAAAACCAUGCGUGCCUCCUCGCGUGCCUUGGUCGGUAUUAUGAAGGAUUACUUCAUCGACGAAAUGUCUACGAUCAUCGACGAGGAGAAGAAGAUAACCCACAUGCAGCUGUCGCAGAAAAUCGAGGCGAAGAUCGACGACGAAAAGUUCUUUAGAGCGAAAGAGAUGAAACUCGGCCCAGAUUUUGACCCGUUACAAUUAGACUGGACCGUGGGGCCAUUGGUACAGAGUGGGGGAAGGUAUGAUUUGCGGUCAAGUGCUACGUCAGACGAUAGCCAACUUCAUGGCGGGAUUAUUUUGUCAACUAUGGGAUUGCGUUAUAAGAGUUAUUGUUCAGCUAUUGCAAGAACUUUUCUCAUCGACCCGAAUAAGUCCCAAGAGAAAUACUACAGCUUCCUAGUCGAUCUCCAAUGGAAGGUCUUAUCCGAAAUACGCGAUGGAGUUGUUUGCAAGGAUGUUUAUAAUAAGGCUAUUGCUUUUAUUAAGUCAAAGCAUCCAGAAUUGGAGAAGCAUUUCCUUAAAGCUAUUGGUUCUAUUAUUGGAAUUGAGGCCAAGGAUACAACCACUCCCAUUACUGCUAAGAGCAAUAGGGUUGUCAAGGAUGGGAUGACUCUCUGUGUUACUGUGGGCUUUGCCGAUCUGGAGAACCCGAAGCCACAAGACUCUAAGAGUAAAGUUUAUAGUCUUGUUUUGACUGACACCAUUAAAGUUACUCCUGGUGACCCGAUUGUAUUCACUGGAGGAUGUUCCAAGGAUUUGAAGGAGACAGCCUUCUACUUCAAAGAUGAAGAACCGGAGCAAAAAGUCAAGGAGAAAAAGCCAGCGCCCAAGCCAGCACCUGCUAAGAAUACCGCUGUUUUGAAAGCUAAGCUUCGGGGAGAGCGCAAAGAGGUCGACGAGGGCGCGGAGCAGAAGAGGAGGGAACAUCAAAAGGAGCUCGCUCAGCAAAAGCAGGAAGAGGGUUUGGCUCGAUAUGCGGAGGGCGAUGCGGUUGGCGAUGGCAAGGGCAAAAAGGCUAUCAAACGAUUCGAGUCUUAUAAACGCGAAAACCAGUUGCCUUUAUCGGUAGCAGACCUUAAGAUUGUGGUAGACGCCAAGAGCCAAACCAUUAUUGUGCCUGUUUUUGGAAGACCAGUUCCUUUCCACAUUGCAACAUUGAAGAAUGCCAGCAAGACGGAUGAGGGCGACUGGACCUAUCUUCGUAUCAAUUUCCUCUCGCCAGGUCAAGGUGUAGGGAGGAAAGAUGAUUUGCCGUUUGAGGACCCAAAUGCCCAUUUUGUACGAAGCUUAACGUAUAGAAGCACGGAUAAUGACCGUAUGGCUGAGAUCUGUGCAGCUAUCCAAGACAUGAAGAAGAAUGCUGUCAAACGUGAACAGGAACGCAAGGAGAUGGAGGAUGUGGUAACCCAAGACAAUCUGGUGGAGAUCAGGAAUCGUCGACCUCAAAGACUUGGGGAUAUCUACGUCCGCCCUGCCCUUGAGGGCAAACGUGUUCCGGGAGAAGUCGAAAUUCACCAGAAUGGUCUCCGCUAUCAGUCACCUGUUCGUAAUGACCAUCGCAUUGAUGUCCUUUUCAGCAACGUUAAACACCUCUUCUUCCAACCUUGUGCCCACGAGCUCAUUGUCCUUAUCCAUGUUCAUCUCAAAGACCCGAUCAUGGUCGGGAAAAAGAAGACCAAGGAUGUUCAAUUCUACCGCGAAGCUACCGACAUCCAAUUUGACGAGACUGGGAACAGGAAGAGGAAGUACAGAUAUGGAGACGAAGAGGAAUUCGAACAGGAGCAAGAGGAGCGUAGACGGAGAGCGCUUUUGGAUAAGGAAUUCAAAGCGUUCGCAGACAAGAUCUCUGAAGCCGGGAAGAAGCAUGAAAAUGGCGUAGACGUUGACAUACCGUACCGUGAACUAGGGUUCAAUGGUGUCCCCUUCCGUGCAAAUGUGCUUUGCGCGCCUACUACGGACGCUCUCGUACAACUUACCGAUCCCCCGUUCUUGGUCAUUACCCUUGACGAAAUAGAGAUUGCCCAUUUGGAGAGAGUUCAGUUUGGAUUGAAAAACUUUGACCUGGUCUUUGUGUAUAAAGACUAUACUCGGCCUGUUUCUCAUAUUAAUUCCAUCCCCAUGGAGUCUCUUGAGAACGUCAAGGAGUGGCUUGACUCCUCUAACAUUCCUUUCACAGAAGGCCCGUUGAACUUGAACUGGCCGACAAUUAUGAAGACCGUGAUUGCAGACCCCCAUCAGUUCUUCAAAGAUGGUGGAUGGAACUUCCUCUCCGUCGAGUCUGAUGCCGACGAUGAUGACGAGGAAGACGAGGUGUCUGAAUUCGAAGCCGAUAGCUCCGACUCCGAAUCUGAGGGUAGCGAGGAGGAUAGUGAAUUCGACGAUGGUGACGCUAGUGCAGAUGAAGGCUCCGAAGCGUCGGACGAUGAAUCUGGCGAUGAUUGGGAUGACCUUGAGAAUGAGGCCAAGCGGAAGGAUAAGGAGGUUUCCGUUAAAGUUGAGGAGAAACCGAAGAAGGGGAAGAGGCGUUGAGUGGGACGCUUCAGUCCAGUUUGAUUCGGUGGUAAAUGUAUGAUAAUUCACCCUUUUCAUUUUCAUUUUCGAACUUGCUUUCUUGCUUGUGGAUCCUUUCUUCAAAGGGUCCUCUCCAGUGAAGAGAUGUAUCAAGAUCUCGGAAGGCGCUGGUGUGUAGGGUGGAUUGAUGAAUGGAUAUCAAUAGUCAGCUGAUUGUGGAAUUAUGACUGGGGGAAGGGGAAAAGGCUGAUUGGGAUGGAUGGGUUGCUUUGCUGGGAAUUAUUAACAUGACAUUCUAUGGAAUUGAUACCCUGUUGGGGGCUGUUUUUAACGAA